UGUAAGAGUCCAUAAGAUUCUUCGGUAUCUUUUCUGCCUUUCUUUUACAAAAUAUAUGUAUAUGUAUGUGUUCUGUUAAAUACCACAAGACAAACUUUGGAGUGUGUUUGUAUGCUCCGUGAUGUGGUAUUUGGCCCUACAUAUCUUCACCGUAUAUGGAGCCUAUGGUUGUGUGAUGACAAGUUCAGACCAGAAGGUUAAUGCUGGUACAGAUGUGCAUUUGUCGUGUAAUUUCUUCCAAUGUCCUGGACAUCAGGAUUUCAUUUCUCUCAGUGCGGAGUGGGAAUUCCAGACUAUCACUCAGACAAAAAUAAUCCUGUACUACAUCAGCAAUCAAACCGUAUCAACACUUCCUGGUGUAUAUUUUCAUGGAAAUGUCAAAACGGGGAGUUUUGAUAUAUACCUCCCAUCCGUGACCCAUGAGAACAAUGGUACUUACCUGUGUAGACUGCGUCUCAGUGGCAGGUUCUUCAAGAAUCAUACACAUCUUAUUGUCCAAUCAGCACUGACCAGGAGAAACAGUCCAGGUGGGAUUCAUCCGCAGGCUCGUCCUCCCUGGUGGCUGGCCCUGGUGUCAGUGCCUGGGUUUGUGUUACUAAUUGGUAGCGGGUUUCUGGCAAGGAGGGCUUGCAGAUCAAUCCAGAAAGGUGACGACUCAAAGCAAAAUAUGGAAGAGGUUAAAACCAGAGCUGCCACUGAAGAUAUGGGAAUUACAUUCAAGAAAAGAAAGAACGGUAAAAGGCAUUAA